AGGAACGCGCACUAGUUUUUGGCAUCAAAUGCUACAUUUUCUAAGUAUAUUCUUUUUCAUAGGUAAUAUUUAAUUCUUCUGAUUUUAUUACGAGAAAAUUGACAGUCUUUUUGCGGGUCGUCACGAAAGUGCGGCCUUGCAAUCUGAAGAUAUUGUUUGGUCACGUGCACCAAUCGCGGGAACCCGCUCAGUUUAACCGGCAGAGGAGAGGUAAAUAAAGGUACAUGAGGAACCUGCUGUGUAAAUAUAACAACAGUGAGUAUUUCAUACGUUGUGCUUACUCGUAUUUAAACUAAGUCGCUGCAUGCUGAACAGUUUAAAUGGUGAAAGUGAAAGAAAAGGCUCAGCCGCCAGGGUUUGUUCUGUUUGUGUUUUUGUUUUGUGUGAAAGAUCAUCAUCAUUCAUCAUCAUGUCCACUGGAGACCUGAAGGGAUCCCUCAGAAAACUCGAGCUGCAGCUUAGGGCACUCAAGUACCCCAGGGAGGUGGACUAUUCGGGGUUGGCCAGAGGCGAUCCGUCCUCUUUCCUGCCUGUCCUCAGCUAUGCGUUCGUUUCCUACUCGCCACACUUUGCAGAGCACCUUGUGGCCUGUGGGGUUGAACUUGCUGGAAAGAGUGAUCUCAGAUUCAUUGAGUCUGUCUACAAGGUGCUGCGAGACCUCUUCCAUUAUAAGCCUCUUCUAACCAAGCAGCAGUUCCUGCAAUUUGGUUUUGCCGAGAGAAAGAUUGACCUCCUCUGCGACAUCAUCGGCUUCUUAACCAAGAAGCACAAAGAGCUGUCCAAACGGUCCAAGCCUGAUGUGCAGAAAAGGUCCCGGUCGUGUUUUCCGCCCGUCGAUCCUCCUUGCAAAACAGAGGUUUUUCUGCCCGAGACGGAUGCACCGAGGGCCGCAGCCCUGCCAAAACAGCCCUUGGUGGUGAGAAAUUUCGGCCGCGCCAUGUCUGCGCCGUCCACGCCCUUGUCGCACGAUGAAGACUCCGAGGUGGAAGAGGAGGAGCAGCCAAAGGAGGAAGAAGCACGGGAGGUGGCCAUCCCAUCAAUGGCCCCCCCAGUGGCAGCCAAGGUGGACGCAGAGAGGUUGAAGGCCCUGGAGGUACAGCUGCAGCAGUUCCAGGUGAAGCUGGACAAGCUCUCUAUCCUGGAGCGGCGGCUGGAUGCCCUAGAGAGAGAGAUGUGUGGGAAGAUCGUCAUCGACAGGCAGGAGUGGGACAACCUGGAGAGCCGGGUGCUGCUGCUGGAGACCAGGCUCACAUUGUCCUCAGUGCAGAAAGAUUUAUGCGCCACGAUUGAGGACGGAAGCUCAGCGAGACAUGACGAGUGUGAGUUGAGGCCCAAGACAUUUGAGUUUUCCCUCCAGUGUUGCGACCCCCCCAUUGCGGAUGACACCCAUGUUGCAGCAGUGACGGAUGCCCCAAAGGUGGAUAUUAGAGAGCGGCUGGAGAGGAUAGCCAACAUGAUGAAAGACACAUCUUGCCUUUUGAAAACAGUGGAACCCUCUGUGUAG